AGGCUCAUCAGACCGUAUCUCGUUUAGAAGACUGCGUCAGGCUACGUUUCGUCUCAUUGAAUGUUGUUGUUUUUCGCUAAAGUCGGCUUUCCAAAGGUUAAGAGCAAUUCCAAUGCCUAUAUAAGUGAACCUUCUUUCGAGUUCUACCACAGGCUGGGUAGGGAAAUGGGUCGCCCUUAAGAGGACAGCGGCUUACCAAGCAGACAUCGCUGACACGGUCCUCUCUCUUUCACACACGGACACGUUUCGGGAAUAGGACUGUCCGCUGCAGCGGAAGAGAAAUACAUUUCUGAAAACGCCGAGAAGUCGGACUAUUUUGAGACCAGAUUUGCCCAUACGCUCUUUAAGAACUUAGGGCCCAUCAAAGCACAUAGGACGGUUUGAUGAUAAAGUUGAGCCGGCUCCGCUAAUUGCGUACUCUAAAAAUCUGUAUUUCAACGAGCCACUGCGGCAGGCCGGGCAUUUGUAAUCAGCUUUAGUAACUUUCGUGUAACAUGGAAGAAGAUUUCGCUUUGUAUUCUGUUACAUUCAUUGAAAUAAUGAAAAUGAUCACAAUGCACUUCUAACGUUUAUAACUAAUACUUGCACCGUACAGCGCUAGCGCAAAUGAAACACGCAUACCCCUGCAACACUUCCAGCGGAUCCAGAUUGCCACCGCCAGGGAUGACGAAUGGCUCCACAAUCGCCAGUGCUCACAGAAGGACGACAGUCUUUGCGUUUUUACCUAAAGAUAUCCCCGUCCUUGGCAUUGGCUUGGUGUCGUGCACGCGCGAACGGUUUGGUGGAGGAGUGAGCGCUGUUUGUUUAUCCCGCCAGUUGCCCAUGCUGCUCUGCUGCCCGCUAGCAGAGUGCGAGGAGUGGAGCGAGAGGCCUCCGCGCAGGCGCUCUUUAUUGUUUUGACUGAAAAUGCCGUCGGUUUCGAAAACGGCGGCGAGCGCUUCUCCUCAAACCGAGAAACCAACCCACUACACCUAUUUAAAGGAGUUUAGGACAGAGCAAUGCCCCCUGUUCUUGCAGCACAAGUGCACCCAGCACAGACCUUUCACAUGUUUUCACUGGCAUUUCCUAAACCAGCGAAGACGGAGGCCUAUCAGGAGACGGGAUGGGACAUUUAACUACAGUCCAGAUGUGUAUUGUACUAAGUACGAUGAAACUACAGGGAUCUGCCCCGAUGGAGACGAUUGUCCUUACCUACAUCGAACUACCGGUGACACAGAACGAAAAUAUCACCUUCGGUACUAUAAGACAGGCACUUGCAUCCAUGAAACUGAUGCUCGAGGGCACUGUGUCAAAAAUGGACUUCACUGUGCUUUUGCUCAUGGCCCUCAUGACCUCAGGCCUCCUGUAUAUGACAUAAGAGAGAUUCAAGCACAGGAAGCUUUACAAAAUGGUCAGCUUGGUGCAGGAGAGGGUAUUCCUGAUCUUCAACCUGGUGUGUUAGCAAGUCAAGCAAUGAUUGAAAAAACACUCACAGAGGAUCCAAGGUGGCAAGAUACAAACUUUGUCUUGGCAAACUAUAAAACUGAACAGUGCACAAAACCGCCACGCCUGUGUCGCCAGGGAUAUGCCUGUCCUCAUUAUCACAAUAGCCGGGAUAGAAGACGAAAUCCUAGAAAAUUUAAAUACAGAUCAACUCCAUGUCCUAGUGUGAAACAUGGAGAUGAAUGGGGUGAGCCUUCUAAGUGUGACAGUGGGGACAACUGCCAGUAUUGCCACUCCCGAACUGAACAGCAAUUUCAUCCUGAGAUUUACAAAUCAACAAAGUGCAAUGAUAUGCGUCAAACUGGCUACUGUCCAAGGGGACCCUUUUGUGCUUUCGCACAUGUGGAAAGAAUCCCUUCCACUGAUGAAUCAGUGAAUUCAUUGCUUACUGUGAUGCAUAGUGGUUCUCAGUCUAAAGCUGGCUCCCAACACUUUUCUGACUGUGGAGUAAAUGAGUGGGGUAGUAGUUCCACCUCUGGAACUGGUAACAACAACGGACAAACGGGAAAUGUUUCUUGCUCUAGUAGUCCAACUGUUACAUCAAGCUCAGGAAGCAACAGCUCAUUAUCCCCUAUUGGACCCAUCAGCAGGCCCAAAUCCUUUACUAAUGGUAGCUUAUGUUCAGAAUCCGCAACGUCCAAUGUAUCAUCUCCGACAUCUCACUAUCCAAAAGCACCUGGCUUUGAACGCGAGGAUCAGACAAAGAGUCUGAAAAGCCAUUCACUGGACAAUAGUCAAAAACUGAAUGACCAAGACAAACAGAACCUUAUAUGUGUAUUUUCAGUGGCAAACCCACUGGCAUCAAGCAUCACUUCUAGUAUAACUUCCAGCUUAGCAUCUAGUAUUGGAUCAGACAGUUCCUCCCCAACCACGCUCUCAACAAUGAAUGCCAAAGCGACACCUUUUUAUCCUGGCAGCAAUACUGUUGAAUCAGUAAUAGGUUCUGCUCUAGAUCUGAAUUUUAGUGACAUCAACGUAGCAUCACUUGAUAAAGAACUAGAAGAAACAGAAAAUAGCGAUAUUGGAUUAUCAAGUCAGAGAUUAUUGGGAGGUUCUGCUCCUGUAAAUAUACCUGGUUCUCUUGCCCGUUCUUCUUCACUGCACUCUUCGUCUUCUCUGUCAGCUUCUCCACUAAGCUCUUUGUCACAGUCCUUCUCUCAGUCAUUACUUUCUGCUGGAAUGACCCCACAUCAACAACAGCAGUCACAUCAGACUGGCAUUUCAGAUCACGGACUUUUAGGCACUUCUGCAUCCUCACAGAACUCCUUAGGUUUAAAUGGUGGUGCGGGCAGCAUUUGGGAUUUUGCAAGUGGAAGCUUCUCUCCUAGUCCAUCACCGGUUUUUAGCAAUGUGACAACAACAAGUUCAAACAGCACAGACCUCACAAAACUCAGAAGGGAACUCGAUGAAGCAAAAAGAAAGAUUAAACAAUGGGAGGAUUCCUGGCAGCAAGUUAAACAGGCUUGUGAUGCUUGGCAGAAAGAAGUUCAAGAAGCAAAAGAUCAAGCAAAAUCAGCCGAGGCAGAGCUUCAGAUAGCCAUACAGCAAAAGGAGGAAGCAGAGCAUAAGCUAAAGAAACUACAGGAGGACUUUGACACAAUGUGCAGAUCUCCUAAUUUGCCCUUUUUACAGAGUUAUGGAGAUAUCAAUAAACUUCCUUUACCAAAGCUUCACUCCAUUCAGAGCCAGCUGAGAGCUGAUAUAGACCUAAUAGAUGGGGUUAUUUAUCAGCUGCAGUCAAAGAAAUGUAUAGUUUGCCAAAAUCAUGAUCGUUGCAUAGUUCUACAACCAUGCCAGCAUUAUGUACUCUGUGAAAACUGCGCAUCUAGCAAAACAGAAUGUCCUUACUGUAAUUCAAAAAUUUUGAAGUGGUGAUAUAAUGAAAUAUAAGGUACUAUUUCUUGAUAUAGCCCUUUGAAGAACUACUAAUAUAUAUAUAUAUAUCUAUAUAUAUGUGUAUAUAUAUAUAU